AUGUUUCAUUACUUACUGUCAAGACUCGAAAACAAAUCUCAUCCAUUGCUGGGACCUACUUUAUGGGGCUUACAGUCAUGGGGAAUAUGGCAGCCCAGGAAAGGACUAUUUACUAAGAUUUAUAACAUUAUUCAUUUUGUAGCUAUUCUAUUUGUUCUUAGCCAAUACGUGGAGCUUUGGUUCAUAAGAUCUAACCUUGAGAUGGCUAUGAGAAAUGUAUCUGUAUCCAUGUUGAGCACUGUUUGUGUCGUGAAAGCCAUAACUUUUAUCAUUUGGCAAAAAUAUUGGAGAGCUAUCAUAAAUUUCGUUUCUAAUACAGAAAAAAAUCAAAUGGCUCGAAGGGAUUUCGUAACAAAUAAAAUUAUAAAAAGAUAUACAAGUUACUGUCGUAAGAUCACCUUGUUGUAUUGGGUCCUUACUUUUGCUACAGUUUUGACAGUUAUAUUAGCACCCUUAGCAAGUUUUUUGUCAUCAUCAGAAUACAGAAACAAUGUUAGAAACGGGUUUUUACCACAUCCGGAAAUAAUGAGUUCCUGGGCUCCUUUUGAUAAAACACACGGUUAUGGGUAUUGGGUUCUUGUAAUAGAACAUGUAUUUAUCUGUUUCUAUGGAGGUGGAAUUGUAGCAAAUUAUGAUACCAACGCAGUUGUUCUUAUGUCGUUUUUUAAGGGGCAGCUUGAAAUAUUGAAGACCGAUUGCAGCCGGUUAUUUGAUAAUGAAGAUCCCAAUCUAAGCUGCCAUGAAAUUAUUACAAGAAUAAAACGUUGUCACAACCACCACGUAAAUUUAGUAAAGUAA